AUUGACUAUACAGUCUGUACUUACUUUAUAGGUUUUUUCUCUAGUGUGUUGCCUACCUAGACAUCGUAACCUAUACAAAUAUGUAUUAUUACUAUAGCGUGACAAGAGAACCUGCAGUUUCGGAUCCCGUUGACAGCCUGUCGGGGCCAUAUGAAGCCCAAACAUGUUGACUAGUUAGACAGUUUACAAUAGAUUUCGGAACAAGCACAAUACUAUAUGCAAGGUAUCAUGACUCAUCGGUUUAGGACAUAUAGCCUACAUAAGCAAAUGUGUUCUUGACUGUGUCGCACUGUAUUACUGUUUCAUUGAACAUAUGUAAGGAUUUCCUGUCUACACAUAGAGGACAGUUUUGAAGACAAGGGCAAGUGCGUACACGCUCGCAGGUACAUUAUUUCAAGCCAUGGCAAGCGCUCUCCAUUCCCAUUUGCUGCUGUCGAAGCAGUACGGCAGAGCUUUUUCUGUGAUUAACUCGCAAAUUCAUACCAGCUGUGGAUUGGCCUCUAAAGAUCACUACAAAGUUCUUGUGCUUGGUGGUGGAAGUGGAGGCAUAGCGAUGGCUGCACGCAUGAAAAGGAAAGUUGGUGCGGAAAACGUGGCCAUUGUGGAGCCCAGUGAGAUGCACUACUACCAGCCUAUUUGGACGUUAGUUGGUGCAGGGGCUAAAAGGAUUGCUUCCUCUGGACGUUCAACAGCCAGUGUGAUACCAUCAGGGGUAAAAUGGGUCAAGUCCAAAGUGGCUGAAUUGGAUCCCGAUAACAACACUGUUCGCACAGACUCUGGAAAAAAGAUCUCUUAUGAUUAUCUGAUUGUAGCUCUUGGCCUUCAGCUACACUUUGAAAAGAUCAAAGGUCUGCCUGAAGCUUUUGAACAUCCAAAAAUUGGUUCGAACUACUCAUUGCAAACAGUAGAAAAGACCUGGAACGCUUUAAGGAACUUUAAGGAGGGCAAUGCACUGUUCACUUUUCCAAACACCCCUGUGAAAUGUGCAGGAGCUCCUCAAAAGAUCAUGUAUCUCUCCGAUGCCUUCCUGAGAAAGACAGGAAAAAGGUCCAAAGCUAACAUUAUUUACAACACCUCCUUGCCCGUGCUGUUCGGUGUGAAAAAAUAUGCAGAUGCAUUAUGGGAGAUUGUGAAGGAACGUGACCUUAAUGUAAAUCUCAGAAGCAACCUAAUUGAGGUCAGGGCCGACAAACAAGAAGCCGUUUUUGAGAAUCUCGACAAACCUGGAGAAACAAAGGUUUUGGAGUAUGAGAUGAUCCACGUUACUCCACCCAUGGGACCACCUGCAGUGUUAAAAGGCUCCUCACUGGACGAUGCGGGUGGCUGGCUGGACGUAAAUAAGGACAACCUUCAGCACAAAAAGUACGCCAAUGUAUUUGGCAUCGGAGACUGCACCAAUCUACCCACAUCCAAAACAGCGGCUGCAGUAGCUGCACAAUCUGCAGUACUUGACCGAACUGUCAGCAGAAUUUUAAAGAAACAGAUACCAGAUAAGGCAUAUAAUGGCUACACCUCAUGCCCGCUGGUCACAAGCUACAACACAGUCAUCUUGGCAGAAUUUGAUUAUGACGGACAGCCCCUGGAAACCUUUCCCGUGGACCAAAGUAAAGAGAGCAGGAUCAUGUACUUCAUGAAAGCUGAUGUCAUGCCACAUCUGUAUUGGCACGGGCUUCUCAAGGGAAUUUGGGGAGGCCCAGGACCAUAUCGGACCAUAAUGCAUCUGGGGAUGAAAUAGGGCAAAUCCUAGGAACACAUUUUUUUCAGGAAAGAUGUGAGAGUCAUGUAUUAAAGAUGAAAGCCUAAAUAGAGCUUGUGCAGAAUUUUGUGGUUGUUGACCCACUCAAGCACAAUAGCUUCAAUUCAUAGUUGCAUGCAAUAACAUAUAGUUUAAUAGUUGGGUUUGAUUUCCGUUGCCUUUCUGUAUAAUGGAUUUUGGCUAUAUGAAAAAAUUGGCAUAUUCUACAUAACUCUUGAAUCAGUUUAUAUCAGUCAUAUGCAAAUGUUUUUUAUCAAUGUAGAAAUAAAGAACAGUUUUGAUUUUUUA